UCUGCCAUCCGGAUAUUGUUGCCUUUUUCUCUCCAGAUUGUUACACGUUCGGUUGAAAGUAACGAGCUUCCCUCCGCCGUGCGCGCCAUUCCGCGCUCGGUGCUGCGGCCCCGGGAGUCAAAUUGACCAAAAGGGAAUGUUUGUUUUUUUUUGUGUCAAUUUCAAAUGCAAAGAGUAAAAUGCAGCGCGGGGGAGAGGUAGGAGGACAAUGCAGGGGCUAUAAGAGAAACUCAAUAAUCAAUUAAAGAACAAAAGAAGGAGAAUAGACAGCAUUUCAAAAAGAAGAGGAAUAUGUUUUAAUUCUCGCUCCUGCUGCUGCUUUCUCGGAGAUUUGGAGUUUGCCUGAAGUUCCUCUCGGAUUUUUUUUUGUUGUUGCGAGGACUCUGUAAGUUAUGUCUAAAUUCGAGGAGGAUCUGGGAGUCCAGGCGAGCUUUCUGGAGGAUCUGUCCCUGUACGAGGGGCCGAAUGAUGGGUUUUACAGCGGCCGGAGGGAGCUGCUGGGCAGCUCGGAUUUGGAGGAGACAAAGCGGGCGUUCUUCCUGCAGAUGAUCCCGGGACAUCACCACCACCAUCACCACCACCACCACCCGCAACAGCAGCAACAGCAGCAGCAGCACCACCACAUCCUGCACCUCCAGCCACCGGAGCCGGCCGAGCGGAUGAACGGGGCCGGCGGCGUCGACCUCAGCCACCAGGAGCGGAGCCUGGGCACUUUCUGCAAACUCUCGGCUGCUCCCCGGGCCGGGAGCGGGGCGGAGGUGGUGGUGGUGGCGGCGGCGGCGGCGGCGGCGGCGGGCGGCGAGGCGGAGCCGCUCGGCUGCUACAUCAAAGGGCCCGGGGGCCCGUUCGGGUACAGCGCGGAGAGCCGCCGGUACAGCGGCGGGGGGGGCGGCGGCGGCGGCGGGAUGGUCCCCGAGCCGGGGCUGGGCGGCAGCCGCCAGGGUGGGGUUUACCCGCUCUACCCUCUCCCCAGCAGCGGCAGCGCCGCCGCCGCCACCACCACCACCAAUGUAUCCGCCGGCUCCAGGGGCAACAUUGUAUCGGGGCCCAGGGGCAACAAUGUAUCCGCCCGGGGCAACAAUGUAUCCGGCGGCGGCAGCCCUCGCUCCAGCCUGGCCUCCUCCUCUUCCUCCUCGUCCAACUGCGCCCAGGAGCACAGCAAACACCCCAGCCCCCGCUCCAGCCUCUACCCGAGCCCCCGCUCCAGCCUGGUGGUCCCCGGGCCCCCCCAGGACCGGUACCCGAGCCCCCGGUGCAGCCUGAUCCAGUACGAGGGCGGCGGCGGCGGCGGCGGCGGCGGGGGGAGCGGCGGCAGCAGCGGCGGGGGCAGCAGCGCCCUCAGCUCCCGCUCCAGUUACGCCAGUUCGGCCAGUGACACCAGUAAACACUCGAGCCCCCGGGCCAGCCUCAACAGCUCGGAGGGCGGCGGAGGCGGGGGCAAGGCCGGCAGCAACCGGACCAGCGGCAUCAGCCUCGGCUACGACCAGAGGCACAUCAGCCCCCGCUCCAGCACCGUCAGCCCCCGCUCCAGCUACUCGGACUCCCGCUACAGCGGCCAGGCGGCCGGCUCGGGCUCCGACCCCGACGCUCCCGGGGCCGGGCUGAGCGCCAGGAGCAGCCUCUCCAGCCAGAGCUCCCGCAGCUCCCGCGGCUCCAUGAGCGCCGCCUACCCCGAGCUGCAGCUGCUGGGUGCCGGCCUCCCGGAGGAAGCCUUCCCCGGCCACGACGGCCUGGCCUCGCCCGGGGACCCCCACCCCCACCCCCGACCGCUGGCCGCCCCCACCUCCCCCCGCCACGAGCAGCAGCCUCCUCCCCCGCCCUCCUCCAGCGCCGAAGCGGCUCCCAGCUCCAUCCUCCCCUAUAACUACAGCCCCGGCAAAGGGGCUCCCCCCGCCCACAAGUUCAGGAUCCCCUACCAGGUCACCCCGUCCAGAGAGAGCGGGCCCAGCAUGGCCGAGAAGAGGCUGGAAGCCCUGACCAGGGAGUUGGAGAAAGAGCUGGAGUUACACGUCAAGAAGGAAUAUUUCGGGAUGUGUGUGAAAUGCAGGAAGGGAGUGUAUGGGGCCAGCCAGGCCUGCCAAGCUAUGGGCAACCUCUAUCACACCAACUGUUUCAUCUGCUGCUCCUGUGGGAGGCGAUUGCGAGGGAAGGCUUUCUAUAAUGUGAAUGGCAAGGUGUACUGUGAGGAAGACUUCCUGUAUUCAGGCUUCCAGCAGACGGCCGACAAGUGUUUUGUGUGUGGACAUCUGAUAAUGGAGAUGAUUUUGCAGGCUCUUGGGAAGUCCUAUCACCCUGGUUGUUUCCGCUGUGUGGUGUGCAACGAGUGCUUGGAUGGUGUGCCGUUCACAGUUGAUGUGGACAACAACAUUUACUGUGUCAAAGAUUACCAUACGGUUUUUGCACCAAAAUGUGCGUCCUGUGGACAUCCCAUUCUCCCAGCACAGGGUUCAGAGGAGACUAUCCGAGUGGUGUCAAUGGACAAAGAUUAUCACGUGGAGUGUUAUCACUGUGAGGAUUGUCAUCUCCAGCUGAAUGAUGAGGAGGGCUGUCGUUGUUACCCUCUGGAGGGGCAUCUGCUUUGCCACAGCUGUCACAUCCGGCGAAUCAACAUCCCUCCAUCACCACAUCCUCCCCCGAGUUACCAGCUUCAUAUCACUGAACUGUGAUGUCUGCACUCCCACGUUCAAGACCAGACUUAGCGGUGGCAACUCCUAAACCUGGCAGGAAUCUACUGAGACACCACUAGCCACGCCUGACUCUCGCUCUCUUCCCCAUCCCUCCUCCUCGUACUGCUGUUGUAACCUGAAUCUAGAAGCUUCCUGGCAUUUCUUCUGGAGGGAGAGGGAGCAUCCAAGGUUACUGUUAGAAACCAAUCCCUCAUUCAGGAGAGGAGCAGCUUCCGAGACCAUGGGGAAGAAGAACUGACACACUCUCAGUUAGAGGAAUUCAGUGACCAAAUCUCAGCAGGUGAGACCCUGCCUACCAGUGGUGUUGGGGCGACUGACUGGCCAGACCAGAGGGACAAUCCCAACCUCAGUCCGACUCCCAUCCGACUAUAUGUUCAAGUUUCCAAAACGGCAGCUAGAUCUAGCGCACUCAACACUAACCAUGAUUUCAUUUUUUUUGAAAGCCUCCACUAAAUGUCAUCAGAUGUUUCUGGCUCAGGAUGUGCUUUUCUGAGUAACCAAAGCUUGGUUGCCCCUCUCAAGAUAAAGGGUUUCUUUCAGAUACUCUUCAGCGCACACAGAGGGACAUUGUCACCCUCCGAGAGUCUGUAGGCUGAGGUGCUCUCUUUCGCUUAACUGAUAGCAACUGUUAAAACUUGACCAUGACCAUUGCUUGAUGGGUAAUUCAGCACUUACUAACAUAUCAUCCACUUGCUAUAAUUAACCUCUUCUGUACCAAUUGCAACACACAAGCAUAUAGACUAUGCAAAGUAACGCAACCAUUUUAUAUAAAACUCCUUUAUUGGUUGCAAUGUACAGUGAGCCCAACUUUGUAACUUUUUUAAUAGUUUUUUUUAAAAACAUGUGUUUUUAUUCUAAUUGGAUGACACAGUACAUGUUCCUUUUUGUACUGUUUGUUCAGUGGACCCCACUCCCUCAGCUUUUCUCCCUCCCCCUCCCCCGCCUGUAUAUCUUUGGAUCUUCCAGGAGAUAAUGGGAAGGUCUGUGCUGUUGAUGGUUGCUCAUGUUAAUGCGCAUCAAUUGGACCUUAAUGCACAGAAUUUUUUUCCCCUGCCUUGCAAUGACAUCCCACCCUUCCGAAGGGGAAGCUGGAAGGUUUUUUGUGAAUGGGAAGUGUCUGAGUUACUAGUAUUUAUUCGUUUAGUAACUAGGGCUGUCCUUUUGAAUUGUUGGCAACGAGCGAGCAUUCAGUGGUCGAACUGGACGUUCAGCUUGCUUGACCAACGGUAUUGGUCUCCCUGCUGACUGGAGAUCUUGAAAUCUGACACAUGAUGUCAACUCCACUCUCCCUUUUCCCCCCCCCACCCCACCCCCAGCUGCCUUCUCCACCUUAUUUAUUUUUCCAAAUGACCCCACUCCUUCAUCCCCCACCUCCCUUCACCUGAAAGAAAGGUCUCUUCUCUGUCUGUGGCUAGCUUUCUCCCACAGCUGGGGGUCUUCUGUCACCUUCCCAGGUCACCAAACCCAAACUUUGCCCCUCUUUGCAAACGAACAUGGAGGUACUUGCUUUCUGUUUGCCCAGCAAUAGACAACGAGCACUGUUUCCCUUGUCUUAGUGCCAUGAGCUCAACUUGACAGGAAGUAUCUGGCACCAAAGUCUCAAUGAAAUGUCCUGCCCUUGUCAAUGUCGAUGUCUGCUUAUCCCGGGAGAACUUCCCUUGGCUACUCCUCCAAGAAGAUGCUUCCUGAAUGGUUGGUGCUCAGCUGGCCAGCUAUGG